AUGUCUACAAUCAGUCAGCUGUAGGCUGCUAAAUCUGAGCGGUCCGCCAAAAUGUGUUUCUGAACACUUUUGAGCCGAUAAAUCAGCCGUCCAGAUGCUGAAUCUUCACUCAUAUUAGAUCUAUAAGGCCUAAUUAAAAAUGUUUCGCAGUCAAGGGCACUAACGUUGCUGCACUGACCGUAAGGUUAGAGAAAUUUCCCAGAGGUUAUUAGCGAGUUAGCUAAGGUCUUUUGUAUGAGCUGGGACCUAAUUGAGACUUGGUGGCUUGCUGAAUCACGUCGCGGUUGAUUGACCUGCGCGCGACUUGAGCAGCUGUGACUGGAAACAUGAACGCGUUGGUGACUAAAUUAGACCACAAAUGGAUUAGUCUAACCUUGAGACAACCUUGGAUAACGGCAGCUUCCAAGGUCCAGCUCUCCACACUUCCUCCAGAACCUGUCAUCCCCUCUAAGAAGCCUUUCAAAGUGGAGCUGGUUGGUGGAAAGCGGUACUCGUGGUGCACCUGUGGACACAGCAAGAAACAGCCUCUCUGUGACGGAGCCCAUAAAACCAAAGCCCAAGGCCGGUCCCCGCUACGCUUUGUCCCUGAGAAAGACACCACAGCUUGGUUGUGUGGUUGCAAGUACACAAACAACCCACCUUACUGUGAUGGCACGCACAAGCAGGACUUCAUCGUAUCCGCCCCGCUGCAUGAACAAACCGACUCUUGAAAAGGAAGUGGGAGAUGUCUUUGAACAGAGCAUAAUGUUGCUGUUGCAUUGAAAGAUGCUGUUGCUUGAAAGAGAAGGGAGUGGCGAUGGAAAGGUUAACGCCACAACCCUCGACUUCAUUUGUCCUUCCUUUGGGUCUUUUAUAAAGGAGAGAUCAUGUUGCAUUCACAACAGGGUUGGACGAUAUGAUGAUACACUGUGAUAUAAUACAGGUUUGAGCAUAGGUGUCAUUUACACUGGGGAUGCUGGGGACAUGUUUUUUUUUUAAAGCAUUUCUAAAAAAUGUUCUGAAAAAUUGCUUGCAACAAGAAAUGUUCAUUAACAAAUUAAAAUGCUAGAAGGAAAGGUUUAUUUGCACACCAAGAAUUGAAGAUGAAUUGCAUUGCAAUGUAAAUAUAGAGAAUAUAGAAAAGCUACUAAUUGCUGCAUUAUAUUCCAGUAUAUAUUUAUAUUUUAAAUUGUCACCUGCAACUGGAAUUUUGUGUUUUCCUCUAUAUAAAUACAUUUCCACCAAAAAUUGGUGCAGAAAAUGUCUCCAGAAUGCAGGAAAUCAAGUGUUUAAUGCUCACAAUCUUCUGGGGAAGGACCCCCAAUCGUAUAUUUCAUCAAUGAAUAUUUCUUCUAAAUAGUUUUAAAAUAUCUUCUUGUCUUGUUCUCAUGACCCCACAAUUGUGCAUCAUCACAUGAUGGCUUCAUCAUGGCUUAAGUGUUUUGUCAAACCCCUAUUCUGAGCCCUUAAAUGUCCCCACCACUUUUCAACACUAAAUGAUGCCCUUGGGUUUGAGUACCGCUGGAGAGUUUACCAUGUAAAAAAACAGUACUGGAAGUCCAUAGAAAAAGAAUGUUAAAGUUGGGAUGUAACAGUAUUAUGGUUAAGAUAUUGAAGACCUAGAGAGAGAAAAGACGAGAAAACUGGAGGUAUUUUGGAGAAAAACUAUCCUGUCAACCUAGGGGGAGGAUCUAAAGAGAAUUACGCUCCAACCUUACAUGUUAUCCACCGGAUGGCUUUUUACGUGAGCUACUGAUACUUUGCUGUACAUGUACACAGAGAAGUCUAACUCAUGUAGACAUACAUUUAUAUUUAUAUAUCAUUCAUACCUUGCACUUUGCAUAAAGUAUCAUUUUAUUUCAUUACUGUUUAAGCACUUCUGUUUAGAUGCUUUGUACCAGUGACAUGCGCAGUGACAAUAAAGUUGAAUCUAAUCUAUUUUUAUGCUUACCAAGAGAUUUUUCACUAUAUACCGUCAUUGAAGCAACACUGCCUUGGCAUUGAUCAUAAGCCAGUAAGCCACAAAGGUUGGGAACCAGCGACAUGUAUCAUGGUAAUGAGCCCGUCUAGUCUCUUUACUCUAACUUCUGUUUGGUUUCAGUGUAUUAUGUACAAUCUCUGACAUUUGUGGUUUGAUAUCUAAAUAUGACAUCUGAAAAGAAGAACACAUUUAAAACUUUGCUUGUUCUUAAAGCCAAGAUGAUCGUGUGAUCGUGACACUUUGAGGUCAUUCCAUCACACUUUGCACGAUCGCUGCGUGUAAAAAAGUAUAUUCAAAAUGCACAGACAAAAAAUAACUGUUAACAUUAAUAACUGUAAACAUUGCAACAAGUACCCUGAAUUAUUUAACACAUUAAAAGUGUUUAAAUCUUUGACAGAACUGCCUGAUUUCCGGUUCACUUUCAUUUAACACAGAAUGCUAAAGUGAUUAAAAUGUUGAGCAAA